AUGGGCCAUGAUGCUCAGAUCUUUAUCUUUGUGUUUUUCUCACUUGCAGGUGAGAAUGAAAUAGUCCCGAAGGCUGAAGAGGAAGGAGGAAAGAAAGGGCUUGUACAGAGCGAGCUUGCUCAGGGUGAGCUUGAUCAGGGCGAACUUGCUCUGGGCGAACUUGCCCCAAGCAAGCCUGCUCAAGAAGAGCUUGCUCAGUCCAGUCUUACUCAGGAAGCCACAGGAGUGGUAGAGGAGGGAGAAAACGAAGAAGAAGAAAUGAAAGGAGGUCAUGCUGGAGAUGGUAGUUCUGGCCCCAUGGACAAGGGGAUCCAGGCGGAAGGUGGCCAUGGCAGAAGUGUUCAACAGCAGCCUCAGCAAGAGGCUGCAAUGCCUGAGGGCACCAAGAAUCUCCAGGCUCGGGACAGGCAGCCUUUCAGGAGACGCACCAGAUUCACCCAGUCUCAGCUGCAGGACCUGGAGCGUCUUUUCGAAGAGACUCGCUUCCCCAGCUUUCAAGUAAGGAAGGAUCUUGCAAUAUCAAUGGGUGUGCCGGAAGCAGAUGUGCAGAGAGAUGACCUGGAACCUGUCCCUGCCCCCAAUGUCUCGACCACCCAUGGUGGCCAUGACGUCAUUUUCUUCCCUGCAAUUAUAUCAGCACUAAAGAGGUGGAUUCUAAGUGCUGAGACGCUGAUGCUCUCCCCAUAUGAAGAGGGAAGAAAUGAGGAAGAGGGUGGAAGGGACCACCCUGCGUCGGGACCUCAACAGCAGAAUGGAGAGGAGUAG